ACUCAGCCAACCAUACUACUACGUCCCAGGCGUACAGGUAUCGCCUGCUAGUGACAGUCUCUUUCUCUCACCAUCCUUCCUCGCUCUUAGCAGUCUACAUCCUUCAGCGAUGUAUCUACUCUCUUUUCUCCUGGCUUUGCCUUUGCUCUCACUCGCGCAGUCAUCACAGAGUGUCCAGCUCUCAACGUCUACCAUCGUGCUAGACACCCUUGGAUCCAAUCGCCAAGCUAGCACAGUAACACAGAUCACGGUGUUCACCGUCACUCCCGCUCUUACAGCGUCAGCCACAAAUUCUGCCUCUGGCAAUUCUUCAGCAAUAACUUCCGGUGGCACAAAUGGGACUACCACAUCAAUCGCCUCCAGCAAUCUACCCACCGCAGCGUCUACCGUUGCCGGCGCGGAUGGCGGUGCCAACGGUGCCCCCAGUCCGGGAGCGACAGCGUCUGGUGGGAUAUACGGCCCUCCGGAUGGCUAUAUUGCGGGCGCAAAAGCCUUGCGCAGUGCAAACAUUCUUGGAGUUGUCGUUUUUGUUGUCGGAGGGGCAUUGGUUCUGCUUUAGGACAACGGUUUCAAAACUGGACGCUCUCACUUCAAGCUCUCUUUAUUGGACAUGGACAGACCGAACCGUUUGCUUUUAGGGUUUGCUAAUGGAACUGUACUUCUGCAUACUUCGCAUAUAUCCUCGCAUGCCUUCCGUUCAUUGACACUAUUAUAUCUAGACCGUCUUGGACCGAGUACAGUACCAGUAUACUGUAAUGAGACCUGGUCUUUUGAUUAAUUCUAUGGGACGAUCAUAUAGUACCGAAUCCGAGUUACGUAUACUUUACUGCUCAAGCGCUCACUGUUAUGAGCUGGGCCAUGUCGGACAAGUAUGCAUAAUUCUCACUGAGACCGUGCUACCUCAAUAAUCAAAUGGGAACUCCAGCGAGAUAUCGACAAGCGCUACAUG